ACAUAUUUCAAAAUUUGAAGUCUAUGUGACAUGUUAUUUGAAGUGUUUGUUAAACUAAAUAUAUUCAAAAAUGUCUGUAUUAUUUCAGACAGGAAAAUAUUGUCUUAGAAAAUCUUACAGUUAUAGCUUUUGUAAAUAUGUAUUGUUGAGAAAAAAAUCAGAUGUUCCUAGGAAAUUCAUAACUUUCGACGAGAUCGUAACCCAGAGAAGAGCUGAGGCACGACGCAGCCUUGUUGUACAAGUUAACUCUGAAUCAUCCUUUGACGAGUUGUAUGGUUAUUGCUCUAAGUAUAGCUCAAUAAAAGAUGUUUACCAUUAUAAGAAUUCAGGAGAAGAGCAUUUCAUGCUAAUAGAAUUUAGUUCAGAAGAAAAUCUUCAGAGUAUUCUGCAAUCAUGUUGUUCUCAUCAAAAAGACCUCGAAGUGAUGGCGGUGCAAUCCCCAUUUGUUUGGUUCCGAGCAGCAUCAGUUGCCAAACAGAAACUCACUGCCAAUGGACUGGAACUGAGAGUAAAAGACGGCAACAACAAACAUAGUGAAGAUUUGUUAUUUGAAGAUUUAAUGAAAUGUCAGACAGUGUCAGAACAAAUUCAGAUGUUGUAUGACAAAACUAUACUGAAUGAUGUAGGAGCUAGGCUGAGGUUCAUGGUGGCGAGACAGUUGGAGGUGAUACUGAGCAGCUUGUACACUAAUAUCCAAGUACUACCAUUUGGUUCCUCCGUUAAUGGUUUCGGUAAAAUGGGCUGUGAUUUGGAUUUAGUUCUGACAAACUCAUUGACUGAUGGAAUGAUGUCACCUUCAAAUCGCCUGGUGUACCAGGAGAAGAGGUCGGAGGGGAGUCGUGGUCCGUGGCAGCGUCACAUGGAGCUGGUGGGAGCGUUGUUGGAGCUGCGGGUCCCCGGGGCCACGAGGGUGCAGCGGAUACUCAACGCACGGGUGCCCAUUGUGAAGUACUCACAGGAACUUGUCGAUGUCGAUGUGGACCUCUGCUUCAAAAACAUGUCCGGCGUCUACAUGUCGGCCCUGCUGUACUCCCUGGGGGCGCUGGAUCCCGCGGGCCCGGCGUUGGCCGUCUCGGUCCGGCGCUGGGCCGCGGCGGUGCAACUCACGCAGCCUCACCCCGGCCGAUGGAUCACCAACUUCCCGCUCACACUCAUGGUGCUGUUCUUCCUCAUGACACAGAAGAUCCUGCCCACCUUCAGGUGUCUACUAGAAUGUGCCGGUAAGGAGGACGUCCGGCUCACCGAGGAUAACAUAAACUGUACGUUUGUCCGCGACCUGUCCCGCCUGCCUCCGCAUUCGUACCGACCUUCUUCGGACGACCUCCAAACUCUUCUGCUCAAAUUCUUCGAGUUCUACUCCCAGUUCGACUUCCAAGAGCACGCGAUAUCGGUCAUCGAAGGUAAACCGAUCAGGAAGCCCAACACCCUACCGCUGUACAUAGUCAACCCCCUGGAGCCGGCUCUCAACGUCAGCAGGAACGUCAGCUACGAGGAGUGCGAGAGACUCAAGAUGGAGGUGAGGAACGCGGCCUGGCAUCUGGAGGCGUGUCUCGACAACAACAGGGGAGACGACUGGGGAAUACUGGGCCUCGUGGAGAAGAAAACCACUAGGGGACUCAAGAAGCUGCUGCGGGCGGGGAACCAGCACAGGCUCGUGUCCGUCAAGGAUCUGUUCAAGGACGACGAGCAACCCGCGUCCGCCACGAGCCCCAGGAAGACACAUACCGACACCGACAGAGAAGGACAGUCCAGCGGGAGACAUCACAGACACGGGGCGGACGACAAACACGACAAAGUAAAACUCAAAAACACACAGACGGCGAAGGAAGUGUACCGGAUAAGGAGAGACAAACUGAUCUGAUGAAGGGCGGGAGAGAGAGAGAGAGAGAGAGUGAGUGGUGUGCUGACACGAGCUGGUGUCGUGGGAUGUAGGACGAAAAACGUUCGAUAUUUGUAAAUAAAAUGUUUAUUCAAAAUAUUCUUUAA